GCAGAUCCGCGACGGUGACAAAACUCCGCAGCUUCUGUCUUUCUAACGACAGUCACCGCUGGAAGUGGAGCCAUUCCUCUGACUAAAACCCCCGUAAACCAUUUCAACACUCCAUUCCACCCUUCCAAACAGCACCUCCUUCCACCCAGGCCGCAGUCAUGUCUGCCAAAGCAAUUUCAGAGCAGACAGGGAAGGAGUUCCUCUACAAGUACAUCUGCACAUCAGCGGCUGUCCAGAACAGAUUCCACUAUGCCACCGUGACUCCAGAAACCGAUUUUGACCAGCUGGCCAAAGACCACCCUUGGCUGUUGACAGAGAGGCUCGUCGUGAAACCGGACCAGCUGAUAAAGAGGCGUGGAAAGCUGGGUCUCGUUGGCGUCAACCUGGACCUGAACGGCGUCAGAGAAUGGCUGAAGCCCCGCCUGAUGAAAGAGGCGGCCGUGGGAAAAGCUAAAGGAAUUCUCAAGAACUUCCUCAUUGAGCCAUUCGUGCCACAUAAACAGGAAGAGGAGUUUUACGUUUGCAUAUACGCCACACGAGAAGGAGACCACGUCCUGUUUCACCACGAAGGAGGAGUGGACGUGGGGGACGUGGACGCCAAAGCAAAAAAGCUGCUGGUCGGGGUGGAUGAGAAGAUCAGUGAAGAGUCUGUGAAGAAGGAGCUGCUGGGCAACGUCCCGGGCGACAAGCAAGUUGUCCUGGCCAGUUUCAUUGUGGGACUCUUCAACCUGUACGAGGAGCUGUUCUUCACCUACCUGGAGAUCAACCCACUGGUGGUCACUAAAGAUGGCGUCUACGUGUUGGACAUGGCAGCGAAGAUCGAUGCCACUGCAGACUACAUCUGCAAGUCCAAAUGGGGGGAUGUGGAAUUCCCACCCCCCUUUGGCAGGGAGGCAUAUCCAGAGGAGGCUUACAUCGCCGACCUGGAUGCUAAGAGUGGUGCCAGCCUUAAACUGACGCUGCUCAACCCUCGUGGUAGGAUCUGGACCAUGGUGGCCGGGGGCGGGGCCUCGGUCGUAUACAGCGACACAAUCUGUGAUCUGGGUGGUGUGGAUGAGCUGGCCAAUUACGGGGAGUAUUCGGGUGCACCGAGCGAGCAGCAGACGUACGACUACGCCAAGACCAUCUUGUCCCUGAUGACCAGAGAGAAACAUCCAGAUGGAAAAAUACUCAUCAUCGGUGGAAGCAUUGCCAACUUCACUAAUGUUGCGGCAACCUUCAAGGGAAUUGUCAGAGCCAUCAAAGACUACCAGGUUCCCCUGAAGGAGCAUGAGGUGACCAUAUUUGUGCGCCGUGGUGGCCCCAACUACCAGGAAGGUCUGCGAGUGAUGGGAGAAGUUGGAAAGACAACAGGGAUCCCCAUUCACGUGUUUGGCACUGAAACCCACAUGACGGCCAUUGUUGGCAUGGCACUGGGCCACAAGCCAAUCCCCACCGAGCCCCCCGCGGCCGCCCACACGGCCAACUUCCUGCUCAACUCCAGUGGCAGCACAUCGACUCCAGCAUCCACAAGAACCGCGUCAUUCUCUGAAAAGAAACCCAAAGUGGACUGCUCACCUGCCAAGAAAGCACCGGCUGGCGCAGCUGUCGCCAAGGCGACCACACUCUUUAGCAAGCAUACCAAGUCUAUUGUUUGGGGGAUGCAGACGCGGGCCGUGCAGGGCAUGUUGGACUUUGACUACGUGUGCUCCAGAGAGGAGCCGUCCGUGGCAGCUAUGGUCUACCCCUUCACUGGCGAUCACAAGCAGAAGUUCUACUGGGGCCAUAAAGAAAUCCUCCUUCCAGUCUAUAAGAACAUGGGCGACGCCAUGAAGAAGCACCCGGAUGUGGACGUGCUCAUCAACUUCGCCUCGCUGCGGUCAGCCUUUGACAGCACCAUGGAGACCAUGCAGUUCCCCCAGAUCCACACCAUUGCCAUCAUUGCUGAAGGGAUUCCUGAAGCACACACCAGGAGGAUCAUCAAGAAGGCAGAUGAGAAGGGCGUCACCAUUAUUGGACCUGCAACUGUUGGAGGCAUCAAACCAGGCUGCUUCAAGAUUGGCAACACUGGUGGCAUGCUGGACAACAUACUGGCUUCUAAACUCUACCGCCCGGGCAGCGUGGCGUACGUCUCCCGUUCAGGCGGCAUGUCCAACGAGCUCAAUAACAUCAUCUCUCGCACAACAGAUGGCGUUUUUGAAGGAGUGGCCAUCGGUGGAGACAGAUACCCAGGCUCUGUGUUCACUGAUCACGUGCUGCGCUACCAAGACACUCCAGGAGUGAAAAUGAUCGUGGUCCUGGGAGAGAUCGGAGGCACUGAGGAGUACAAGAUCUGCCAAGCCAUUAAGCAAGGCCGCAUCACCAAACCUGUGGUGGGCUGGUGUAUCGGCACCUGUGCCACCAUGUUCUCCUCAGAGGUCCAGUUUGGCCACGCUGGAGCUUGUGCCAACCAGGACUCGGAGACUGCUGUAGCGAAAAACAAGGCCCUGAAGGAGGCUGGUGCGUUUGUGCCCAGGAGCUUCGAUGAGCUGGGAGAGAUCAUCAAAUCAGUGUAUGAUGACCUUGUUAACAAAGGAAUCAUCAAACCAGCUGAGGAGAUGCCACCACCUACUGUGCCGAUGGACUAUUCCUGGGCUCGUGAGCUGGGUCUGAUCCGUAAACCAGCGUCCUUCAUGACCAGCAUCUGCGAUGAGCGUGGCCAGGAGCUCAUCUACGCGGGCAUGCCCAUCACUGAGGUCUUCAAAUCUGAACUGGGCCUGGGAGGAACUCUGGGACUGCUCUGGUUCCAGAGGAGGUUGCCCAGAUACGCCUGCCAGUUCAUCGAGAUGUGCCUGAUGGUGACUGCUGAUCAUGGACCUGCCGUGUCCGGAGCCCACAACACCAUUGUCUGUGCCCGAGCUGGCAAAGACCUGAUCUCCAGCCUCACCUCGGGCCUCCUCACCAUCGGUGACCGGUUUGGAGGCGCUUUGGAUGCUGCCGCCAAGCAGUUUAGUAAAGCGUUUGACAGUGGCAUCCUGCCCAUGGAGUUUGUCAACAAGAUGAAGAAGGACGGGAAGCUCAUCAUGGGUAUUGGCCACAGAGUCAAAUCUAUUAACAAUCCCGACAUGAGGGUCCAAAUCCUGAAGGACUUUGUGAAGCAGCACUUCCCGUCCACCCAGCUGCUGGACUAUGCUCUUGAUGUGGAGAAGAUCACCACCUCUAAAAAACCUAACUUGAUCCUGAACGUGGAUGGAUUCAUUGGCGUGGCCUUCGUCGACCUGCUCAGAACUUGUGGUGGAUUUACACGGGAUGAAGCUGACGAGUUUGUGGAGAUCGGUGCUUUGAAUGGCAUCUUCGUCCUGGGCCGAAGCAUGGGAUUUAUCGGACACUACCUGGACCAGAAGAGGCUGAAGCAGGGUCUCUACCGCCACCCAUGGGAUGACAUCUCCUACGUCCUCCCGGAACACAUGUCCAUGUGAACCGAGGAUCUUUAGCUCCCACAUGCUUAGCGUAGAGAUGUUGUUGUUGGUAAUAUAGCUGCUACUACUUCAAUAUUUUUUGGGGGAAAAACUGUGAAGAUGUAAUGUUUUGUACAAUGAUGAGAAGCUUAUCUAUCAAGUGUCAUGGGAAACAACUAAUAUUUGUGAUCACUUAGUCGUUGUGCACCUCCCUAUUGUGCCAUAUGUCAAUACCUGAAGGUACUGUAGAUCCUACUUAUAUUCAGUGUUGUAAUUGUACAAUUUAAUGUUACAUGAGUAAAUUUUUUUUUUUUUACUUUAACCAGAAGUUUCAUGUUUAAAAAGGGAAGAAAUCUUUACAUAUCGCUUACAUGCUAAAAAGUAGUUUGCUUGGUUUGUACAACAGUCACAUCAUGACUCUGAAAUCAUAAAUAAAUAAUAAAGCGUAACAACUGUUUUGUCAGCUGUAUCAUAGAAAACUAUUUAAAAAUGUUCUGCUUUGUUUUAAUGAAGUGAAGUUCGACCAAGUAUACAUCUAACUCAUCGCUGGAUCCAUCUAAGAAACUUGAUAAUAAUUUCCCAUAGCGUGUGUUUGGGGCAUUAAUCACACGUGAAUGUUUGUUGGGUGUUCAACACACACAUCCAUGAAUUUAUUGUAUGUAUAGUGUCACCUGUGGUAUAGUGUUAAGGAUGUACAUUAACCUCUGGAUAAUAAAAGGUAAUGAUGUCAAAUUAUUUUUUUGACCGUUUUCUGUGUGUUGAAAAUAGCUUUUAUGUCAAAAUGUUUCAUUCAUGAAUGUGGUGUUUUAAGAAUAGUA